AUGUCUUCCACGGACCUAGACGGAGCCGUGGCCGCCAAGAACGAAGGAAACGACCACUUCAAGCAACAGAACUACACCGAGGCCACAAAGUGCUACAGUCGAGCCCUCUCCCUCUGUCCCCCACCUCACCCCCAGGCAGCAGUGUUCCUCAAGAACCGUGCUCAGUGCUGGAUCAACCUCCACGCCUACGACAAGGCAGUGUCCGACUGUGCCGCUGCCCUGCAGAUCUCUCCCAGCGACAUCAAGACACUCUACCGCCACUCACAGGCACUCGAGAAGACGGGGAAGAUGGUGGAGGCAUUUCGACAAGUCCAGGUUCUCCUGAGAAUCGACCCCAAGAAAAAAGAGGCAGUUCAGAUGGCUCGAAGACUGACCGUGGAGCUAAAGAAGCAGGCAGAGUCAAUGCAGUCGACUGACAGAAUGGUCCAAGAAAUGUUGGCAGCUCUCUCCACGCCAGCCACGCCACUGGAGAAACAGGUCAAGGCUGCCAAGAAUCUUGCUAUCCUCAGUCGCGAGGUGGCCGGCGCCGAGAAAAUCUUUGCUGCCGGAGGUGCAACAAAAUUGAUGGGUAUUUUAGAGAGCUCGAGCUCUCCAGAUCUCCUGAACCACACCCUGCAGACACUGGCAGGGCUGUGUUUGGGGCACAGGGCAAGGGCUCACGCAGUGCUCCAGACCGUGUCACUAGAGAGACUGUCCACUCUCAUGGCUUCUGCAAACAGCUCUGUGACUUCUUCGGCUGUUUCGAUCCUCAAACACGCAAUGCUCGCCACGACAGGGGAGGACACUCGCAGUCCCCCUCACCCCGAAUCAGCUCUAGUCACAGCCGACACUGCAGUUGUUGUUCCCGUCAUCCAGAUGCUCCUCCUCUCCCUCGUCAGUCGAGAAAUAUCCGCAGACGCCAGGGACUUCAUCGUGGAGCUCCUCCUGCGAACGCUACCGCAGGCAAAUCUCGGAGAGAUAUUCCUGAGGGAGGGAUUAGUGGCCCGACUUCUCGUGUUGGCCACCGAGACAAGCGGAGUGAAGGAAGGAGUCGUCGUCAGGAUGAGCUCCGACUGUCACAUGAACGUCUCCAUCGCACUAUCCACCCUCCACGCUGCUCUCGGGAACGACAAACAGAAGAAGAAGGAGCUGCAGGAAAAGUUCUGCAGCAAUGCGACGGGGUUUGUGCUGGGUCUCCUGUCAGAGGAGGAGCCCAGGGAGCCAGAUCUGUGGGCUGACGGCCCUCGCUGCCCUCAUCCAGGGUGUACCGGAGGCCGGCAACGCUGUGUUUGGGGAGGAGUCCGUGCUGAAGAAAGCGUUGAGGGUUGCAGCUUCGGAGGAUGUGGGGUGUCAGAUGGUGGUGGCCGAGGUGUUGGCUCUCGCUGCGUCGGACAAGGCUCGUUGUCACGGGGAUAA